UAUGAAUGACGGAUCUGUAUACUCUGCCUUGAUGGGCACAGCUGACAUCAUCGAUGUCGAUCCCAACACUGUUCAACACGAGGAGGCUGAUGAGAUCUACCUCCAUCCGAACUACCAUCGAGAACAUACUGAUUGGGACAUCGCACUCAUUCAUCUCCGUAGACCCAUGAAUCUUACGAACUACGUCACGACCGCGUGUUUGCCCACCAGGGAUAUGAGAGAUGCUUUCUAUCCUGGGAUAGCCGUUACGAUGUCAGGAUGGGGUACUCUCUUCCAAGGAGGUCGACAAACUCAGUUACUACGUGAAGUGACCGUACCUCUGGUAAACCACACACUAUGUCAAGAAGAAUACUAUCCAUUCAAUAUCAGUGAUAAUAUGAUCUGUACAGGACCUAAGGAAGGUGGCAAAGAUUCAUGUCAGGUACAUUAA